AUGAGUAAUUGUGUGGAAGUUGAGAAGACUAAAACGGCGGAGGAGAAGGCGAUAGACGCAUGGCUUCCGGUGACUUCUUCGAGAACGGCUAAAUGGUGGUACUCAACUUUCCACAACGUCACCGCCAUGGUCGGUGCCGGUGUUCUCAGCCUCCCCUUUGCCAUGUCUGAUAUGGGAUGGGGACCCGGUGUGACAGUCAUGAUACUAUCAUGGAUCAUCACACUGUACACACUGUGGCAAAUGGUGGAGAUGCACGAGAUGGUACCCGGCAAGAGGUUCGACAGGUACCACGAGCUCGGCCAACACGCCUUCGGCGAAAAGCUCGGGCUUUACAUAGUUGUACCUCAACAAGUCGUGGUACAAGUCAGCACGUGCAUCAUCUACAUGGUGACAGGUGGCACCUCCCUCAAGAAAUUCCACGACACUGUCCGCCCCAACGAAGUCGGGAGCAUCAAGCUCACGGGGUUCAUCGCCAUUUUCGCUGCCGCCCAAUUCCUCCUAUCUCUCUCCCCCAACUUCAACUCCAUCUCCCUCAUCUCCCUUGUUGCAGCCGUCAUGUCUCUAACGUAUGCUACUAUUGCAUGGGUAGCUUCACUAACAAGGGGAGCUGCUCCGGAUGUGAGCUACACUCUAAGGGGCGCGAGCGAUGCGGCUAAGGUUUUGAACUUCUUUAACGCGCUCGGAAAUAUAGCGUUCGCGUACGCGGGCCAUAGCGUCGUGUUGGAAAUUCAGGCGACGAUCCCCUCGACACCCGAGAAACCCUCGAAGAAGCCUAUGUGGAAGGGAGUUAUCUUCGCUUACGCUAUAGUUGCUAUCUGCUAUUUUCCGGUUGCUUUCGUCGGUUACUACGUGUACGGGAACUCGGUCGAUGACAAUAUCUUGGUCACACUUGAGAAACCUAGAUGGCUCAUUGCUGCAGCUAACUUGUUUGUCUUGGUCCAUGUUAUUGGAAGCUACCAGGUAUAUGCAAUGCCUGUAUUUGAUAUGUUGGAAACAUUCUUGGUUAAGAACUUGAAGUUUAACCCGUCGACGCAACUACGUGUCAUUACUCGUUCCUCGUUUGUCGCAAUAACUAUGUUUAUUGGCAUGACAUUCCCAUUCUUCGGUGGUUUACUUGGAUUCUUCGGUGGAUUUGCUUUGGCACCAACCACAUACUUCCUUCCUUGCAUCAUCUGGCUCAUUGUCCGAAAACCAAGGAGGUUCAGCUUCUCCUGGUGCAUCAAUUAUAUCUUCAUUAUUCUUGGGGUUACAUUGAUGAUUUUAGCACCAAUUGGAGGACUCAGGAACAUCAUCUUAUCAGCAUCUUCCUACAAAUUCUACCAAUGAUU